GUUUGCACGGGUAUGGGCCGUGAAAGUUGUUAGGAAGAAAUAAAAACGAAACCAACCAUUAACCAACAAACACCAAAACUAAACCUUCCUUCAAAAAAAAAAGAAAAACACACUAAACUAAACCUUAGUAAAUCACAUCACAGUUGUUUGUGUUGUGUUGUAAGUGACGUUAGAUUCAGUGACACAAGUAGUUGAAACCUCCGCCAUAUUUCGAUGAACACGAGGAAACACUUUUUCUAUUUCACUUAACAAAAACAAACAACACAUUCACAUUCACAUUCCAAAAUCCAAACUCAUUCAUUUUCCAAAUUUCACUUUCAACAAUGUCUCAGCUUCUUCAAACUCCGUUUCUCUCUUCCACCACCGUCCUCCGCCUCAAAUCAACUUCACUCCGCCGUACCACAACAAACAACCUCAUCGUUCGAGCCAAGAUCCGUGAGAUUUUCAUGCCUGCACUCAGCUCUACAAUGACUGAGGGUAAAAUCGUCUCAUGGAUUAAAUCCGAAGGCGAUAAACUCUCUAAAGGAGAUAGCGUCGUUGUUGUUGAAUCCGAUAAAGCUGAUAUGGAUGUUGAAACUUUCUACGACGGUAUCCUCGCCGCUAUUGUUGUUGAAGAAGGUGGUGUUGCUGCCGUUGGAUCUCCCAUCGCUUUUCUCGCUGAAAAUGAAGAAGAUAUUGAAUUAGCCAAAUCCAAAGCCCUCUCUUCUUCUUCUUCAUCUUCUUCUUCUUCUUCUACUCCUGCACCUGCACCGGCACCUGCAAUUCCGGUAGAAUCAUCUCAACCAAAGAAAGCUGCGGAGAAUGUUGUUGCAGCGGCUGUUUCGGUUGUGUCUAAACAUCCGGCUUCUGAGGGAGGGAAGAGAGUGAUAGCGUCUCCUUAUGCUAAGAAAUUGGCUAAGGAAUUGAAGGUGGAGUUGGGUCAAAUUGUUGGGACUGGACCUUUGGGGAGGAUUGUGGCUAAAGAUGUUGAGGCUUUUGCAGCUACAGGGGGUUCUUCUGGGAGUGUUGUGGAGGCGGCGGCUGAGCCGGUGAAGACUGUGGCUGAAUUGGGAAGUGUGGUGCCGUUUACUACAAUGCAGAAUGCUGUGAGUAGGAAUAUGGUGGAGAGUUUGGCUGUUCCUACUUUUAGAGUUGGUUAUACUAUUACUACUGAUGCACUUGAUGCUCUCUACAAGAAGAUCAAGUCAAAGGGAGUUACUAUGACAGCAUUGCUUGCCAAGGCUACAGCACUCGCACUAGCUAAACACCCUGUUAUAAACUCUAGUUGUAGGGAUGGUAAAAGCUUUACAUACAAUAGCAGCAUCAACAUUGCAGUUGCUGUGGCUAUAGAUGGCGGACUCAUUACACCAGUGCUUCAGGAUGCUGAUAAGGUUGAUGUCUAUUCAUUGUCAAGAAAGUGGAAGGAGUUGGUAGAUAAGGCCCGGGCUAAGCAGCUGCAGCCUAAUGAAUACACCACAGGUACUUUCACACUUUCCAACCUGGGAAUGUUUGGCGUUGAUCGCUUUGAUGCUAUUCUGCCUCCUGGAACCGGAGCAAUUAUGGCAGUUGGAACAUCACAGCCAACUGUUGUGGCUACCAAGGAUGGUCGCAUUGGCACGAAGAACCAAAUGCAGGUCAAUGUUACGGCCGAUCAUCGAGUAAUCUACGGUUCUGAUCUAGCCCUAUUCUUGCAAACCCUGUCACAGAUUAUUGAGGACCCUAAAGAUCUUACUUUCUAGUGUCAUUUUUCUGUAUUCUAAUGCUGCAACAAAGGAAAAGGAACUUGUUAUCCCUCUCGUCGUGGAUUACGGAUUAUUAAUCGUCGAGAAGCACAAACUGGGAAGCCAAAUCACCCUAUCCACUCAGGAUUGUGCAAAGGUCAGGCAGGAGUAGAGUUUUGAAUAGGAAAAUUGAGUUCUAGUUUGUUAAAUGAGAUUGAGUCAAAUACACCAUUUCCAUUUUUCAUUAGCACUAUCUGAUUAUAGAUUUGUUUUUUUAUUGGUUAUUAUUGUCUAAAUAAUGUCCAUUAUUUAUUUAUGUGAGAUCAUGAAACUUGUUUUAGAUUUCUGACUAGAAAAUUGAAACAUGGGAGAUUGAGCAAUGAUUAUGUUAUGAAACAAAAAUAUGGUAUUGUGAUGAAGAUAUUAUUGCUUAAGU